ACCAGUUUCAGGCUCCAACAUUCAUCAUCUGUCGUCGCCUUCAUGGGUUCAGAGACAUUCAUACAAAUAAUACUGGCCAUCUUGAUUCCUCCUGUUGGAGUCCUCCUACGUUAUGGCCUUGGAGUGGAGUUUUGGAUAGAUUUGGUGCUGACAAUGUUGGGAUAUUUACCUGGGAUUGUAUAUGCAAUUUAUGUCUUAGUUGUACAGUAAAUGAAGAACAUUUUCAUGUUGGGCAUACGUAUAUGAGAAUAUUUUCUUCUUCUUUCUCAAUAAUGUGAUCAUUUAAAUGUGGUGUAUGUAUCUGUGUACUGAAACAAGGAAAACCAAUUUCCGUAUGUAAUGAGAUUUAUGCUGAAGAUGAAAUACCAAAAGAAGAAGAUGAAUUGUGCAAA